AUGGGGCAGAGUUUGCAGCCGGAGCCGCCGGGGGAGAGGAGCGGUGGAAGGAAGCCGGCCGAGAUGGCCGGGGAGGGGUCUGAGCUGGAACAGGGCCUCUGUGUGAUUGUGGACAGCUUCUACAGAUACGCCGAGGGCCCGCCUGGAGCGAAGGCGCUGGACCAGGCGGCUUUCCAGAACCUGCUCAGCAAUGAACUGAGCCAUCAGCUCACGAACACAGAGGUCAAGGCGGCCGUGACGCGCACGUUUGAGAAGUUAGAUGCCAACAAAGACCAGAAAAUCUCCUUCGACGAGUACUGGCAACUCAUCACCUGGAUUUGCCAAGUGAUCCGACGCCGCGAUUAG